AGAGCAGUAGUGAAGGCAGAGAAGGAGGGGUUUGGUUAGCGGCGAGACUAACUACACCGCAGCAGGGCUGCGAGCGACCAGUCAGCGAGCAUUCCCUUAUCUACCAAUGGAAUGCAACAGCUGCAGCAGCCUGUGAGCGUGUGUGCUUUCAGUCAGCGUGUUUGUAAAAGGGGGAGGGGGGACGGUCAUGGUGGGCCAGCAGGAACCCCCUUGAAAGACCCCCAACUCUCAACCCCCCACGUUCUGUAGCAGCUGGGCUCCUGAAAGGCAGCUCAACCAAACGCAAGCGUGAGAGACAGAGAGACCGAGAGGCUCGACAGGGCAACACACUCCGAGACAGAGGGAGAGAGAGAGAGAGAGAGCGAGUAGAAAGUAAGGGAAGUGGAGCAGGGAGCCUCGGAGGGGGGUUGAGGAGGUGAGCGAAGGGUGAAAAGGAAGAGAGGCGAGGGAGAGGGAAAGACAAAAGAGAGGGAGAACCAGAGUGGAGGGAGACCAGAGGGAAAUGGCUUCAGAGGAGACCGCUGGAGGAGCUCGCAAAGCCACCAAGAGCAAACUAUUUGAGUUCCUCGUCCACGGAGUGCGGCCUGGCAUGCCAUCAGGAGCCCGAAUGCCUCAUCAGGGGGCCCCAAUGGGGCCUCCAGGGCCACCAUAUGGAGGAAACGCCGCUGUCCGCCCUGGAAUUGCCAAUCAGAACAUGGAGGCCAGUCGCAAACGGCCCGCUCCUUCACAGCAGCAGAUGCAGCAGCAGGCCGUACAGAGUCGAAACAGGAAGAAGCCUGUGGGAUUUCCUGGACCAAAUGAGAUGCCAGGGAGGCAGAUGGACAUGAGAGAGGCCCAAUCAGAUCCCACACUCGGAUCAAAUGCCAAGAGGAGGAAGAUGGCUGAUAAGAUCCUUCCACAAAGGAUUCGUGAGCUUGUUCCGGAGUCACAGGCGUAUAUGGAUCUGUUGGCAUUCGAGCGCAAAUUAGACCAGACCAUAAUGCGCAAACGGGUGGACAUCCAAGAGGCACUUAAGAGACCCAUGAAGCAAAAGCGAAAACUGCGUCUCUACAUCUCCAACACGUUUAACCCUGCCAAGCCUGAUGCAGAAGACUCUGAAGGCAGCAUUGCAUCUUGGGAGCUGCGUGUGGAAGGCAAACUGCUGGAUGAUCCUGCUAAGAUGAAGAGGAAGUUCUCCUCAUUCUUCAAGAGUCUGGUGAUUGAGCUUGACAAAGACCUUUACGGCCCUGAUAACCAUUUGGUUGAGUGGCAUCGUACUGGAACCACUCAGGAAACAGACGGUUUCCAGGUGAAGAGGCCUGGAGAUGUUAACGUGCGCUGCACCCUGCUGUUAAUGCUGGAUUACCAGCCGCCUCAGUUUAAGCUUGAUCCGCGUCUGGCUCGUCUGCUUGGGAUACACACACAGACUCGCUCCAGUAUCAUACAGGCCCUCUGGCAGUAUGUCAAAACCAACAAACUGCAGGACUCGCAUGACAAGGAGUACAUCAACUGUGACAAGUACUUCCAACAGAUCUUUGACUGUCCACGCCUGAAGUUCUCUGAAAUUCCUCAGCGCCUCACCAACCUUCUACUGCCCCCAGACCCUAUUGUCAUCAACCACAUCAUUAGUGUCGACCCCAAUGAUCAAAAAAAGACGGCCUGCUAUGACAUUGAUGUAGAGGUGGAAGAUCCCCUUAAAGCACAAAUGAGCAGCUUCCUGCUCUCCACAGCCAAUCAGCAAGAGAUCGCCUCUUUGGACAACAAGAUCCAUGAGACUAUUGAGUCCAUUAAUCAGCUGAAGAUUCAGAGAGAUUUCAUGCUCAGCUUCUCCAGAGAUCCCAAAGGCUACAUUCAGGACUGGCUCAAAUCCCAGAGCCGAGAUCUGAAGCUGAUGACAGAUGUUGUUGGGAACCCAGAGGAAGAGAGGAGAGCAGAGUUUUAUCAUCAGCCUUGGUCUCAGGAGGCUGUCAGCCGUUACUUCUACUGCAAGAUUCAGCAGAGGAGGCAGGAGCUGGAGCAGGCCUUGGCCCUGAGGAACACCUAGAACCCACACCCACCACAUUUCCUAUGUGGCUCCUUUGUAACAACACUGCCUCCAUGUGGAGGUCCCAGCAUUAUUGUCCACAGUGAAUGAGGGUUUGUGUUGUUUUCACUCUGACCUACAAUUUACUGCACUGGACCUAUCACACCCUGUUACUCGACAGCCACUGCAGCUCCAUUGUACAGUUUGUGCAUUUCAGCCAAUCACAGUGUUGUGUCUUCCAUUCCGGGAGGAAGUCAUCUUACAAUGCGUUCUUUGGAUUUCUGUUGUUUAAUACCACUCACGUCCACCAGUAUUUUGAACGUGAUGACUUCAGAGCCGGCUCAGUCCCAUUGACUGUGGAUCCAAUGUUGAUGCAGUUGUGAUUCAGCCUUCCUUCCUCUCAGUCAUUAAUUCCUGGUAUUCACACACAAUUUCUAUGUGAUAAAUGUGUUUUUGGUGAGGUAUUGAUUGCAUCUCUAAUUUAGUGAAUCAAAUUUUUUCUUGAGUAUUGAUCAAAAAGGUCAUUUUGUAUGUGUAUCAGUGUAAUCAGUGGAGCUACAAUAAUUAUCUCCACUAUUUACACUUUUAUUCAGAAAUGUAUUUAUGAAGUACUUUGAGGCAGGCAGCUUUAAAAGAAGCAUCUUUCAGUAUUAACUGAACUGGUGGCUUACAGGGUAUGUCACACUCUGCUGUCUGUCCCUGCCACAUUAGUGACAUUUAGCUGCGUUUUUUUUUAAGUAAAUAGUGUAUAUAAGCAUUGAAAGAUCGAAUUAGGUUGUUUUAAUCAAGUAUUUAAAAGCUAUUCUACCAUAUAAAGACAAAACACAGUAACUAGACCUACACUUGAGGGCGAAUGAGAAAAUGGCUUUAAAGUUUUUUUAUUGAUUUGGUAUCAGUUUUCACACUACUUUCAUUGAAUUAUGUGUAGUUACUGCGUUUUGUAUGGUGGCCAAGAGAGCUCAAUGCACUGCAACGGAAGAAAACACAUGCAAAUAGAAAAAAAACCGUAUGCAAAUAGAAAAAAAACCCCAGAAAUAACAGACCACAAUGGAACAGAAACAGAAACGCGGUGCAAAUAACAGACCACAACGGAAAUGUUUCCAGGGGAACCAAAUAAGUGACGAACCCCGACUGGGAUGUGCUGAAGCUCACAGCUGAAAAUUCUAUGUGUAUUAGCAAUAUGUUCAAUGUCAUCAGAAUACAAAUGAGAAAAGAACAAUGAGCUGAAAACUAGAAAUCCGUUACACUUAUAAGAAAUGUUAGGUAAAGUUGAGACACACAGAUAUAUACACGCAUAUUUUAAAACCUUUUUUGUAAAGUAAAAAUAAAAAUGUAUUUGCAACCGUUAUGUUAACAGCAUUAUAUUUCUGUAAUAAGAACAGCUAUUUUGCUGAUGGUCACGGUGACGUUGUCAUGGGAA